AGGUAUGUAUGUCAUCUUUCUUUGCUUUCACGUGCUUCUCCAGAAGUCUAAUUAAUCGCAAGCCGUAAAAACUUUUCAUCCCUUUCCCUGGUGUAAAAUAUGGUUGAAUUCAGACUUUGGGGUAAGGAAUUGCUUAGGCUACCUUUUCCUCAUCCCUGAAGGGGGACUGAUAGGGUUGUAAGGUUACAGGAGUGAGAAAAACAUACAUAGUACAUAUUCAAAAUGAGGCUGCUGUUUCUUCAGAGGUUUGAUGGUUUGAGACUGAUCAGGUAGCUAGGAGAUUUAUAAACAGGCUGAUAGUAUAACAGCAAACAAACAUUUUCAUUUUUCAAGAAAUUUGGCAUAGCUUUUUAAUGUAUAAUGUACCUCUGAGGAGACAGUUACUAGUUAUAUUGCUUCCUCCGUGAACUGGUCCCCUGGUACAGAUGAAGUUUAAGGAAAUGGCAUUCCUUUCCCCUAAAUGUAGACCGAGGUCCAUACUAAAUAUAAAUGUAAAGAAAGUUCCGUGAAGCAAACAUUUUCUGAUUGACGUACAAACUGUUUCAAAGAUCCAUAGAUGUGUCCAUCUAGAUGUGCAAUGGAAGGUAGGUUUGGAAAGGACUGCGUAUCUGAUUACUGCCCAGCCUUUAGUGUCCUGCCAGGAUAGUUUGUCCCUGGAGCCUGCGAAUGGGACUCAGAGGAUGGUCGUCCUCACUGUAGCUCCUCUCAUGUACACCAGAGGGCAGACGCUCCUUGGCGUGCCUGUGAGGGAACCCCAUGAGAGAAAGUCUGGCAUUUCUGAGAAAGCGGAUGCAUAAAAACUCAGAAUAAAUAAAGGCUUUGAGUAGAAAGGGAAGUUGAUGAGACACAGUGCUUCUCUCUUCCGCAGCGGGUCUGUAGCCAUACAAUCUCCCACUCGCAAUCUUUUUUUGUAGCUUCUGGAAGCACUCGGGGUUCUCUGACGUGCCAUCAUCCCAGUUAGUAUCACAACCUUUCUCUGUCGCUCUUUAUUGCAGUCCUCUGGUUGGUCUGGAGUCCUGUCAGAAUGGCAGCUCCGGUCCGCUACUGGAUAUUUAUAUAUGGGAGCAUACCGUGAGAAGUGCUAGAAACGUGUCCGCUUACCCCGUCCCAUCAGUCAAAUAAGGACAUUAACUUCGGUCCAAUAACAACCUCAACUGUUACCAAUUGAAUCAAGGCAUGGUGGCUUUUUCUUUUUAAAGCAUAGUUUCAGUAAUAUAGUCACUAAAAACCUUAGACAUUGCAUAAAAAGUAUUUGGAAAUCUUACACUGCUUGGCUAAAUUAACACUAAAUAUAGACCGACAUCAUGCCGGGGUUUAUGGGCCUUGUAGGAGCACACGUUCGCUGAAGGAAGGCAAAGACAGGACUACAGAAUUCAUAGAAAGUUUUACUGUAGUUGCUUCUGAAUAGUAUUUUUUUUUUCUUUCUUUUCUUUUCUGGUAACCUAGCAGUCAAAGCUCACAUUUUUUGAACUAUGAAUCAUUCCCAGGACACCAGCUCUCGAGGCAUGCCUGAAGAUCGAAAGCUUUAUAUUGUGGAUUCCAUAAAUGACUUAAACAGACUGACCCUCUGUCCUGCUGGCUCACAGCAUCUGCUCCCUCUCCAGGAGAAAAUCCCAGACGUUGGCACUAACUCAGGAAACGGAAGUCACAGUCUAUUUUUUAUGGGGUUGAUAAUUGUGCUGAUUGUCAGUCUGGCACUGGUUUCCUUUGUGAUCUUUCUAAUAGUUCAAACUGGAAACAAGAUGGAUGAUGUGUCGAGAAGACUAACAGCUGAGGGAAAGGACAUAGACGAUCUUAAGAAAAUCAACAGCAUGAUCGUAAAGCGACUCAAUCAACUGGACGCGGAACAAAACUAAAGAAAUGAGCGUCUAAAAGCAGCCGCCAGCACCUGAGCUUCACGCUUUAUUGGGUGUGCACGGGUUUAUGAACUGAGCAUGCGCAUUUCUGCAGGCAACAGACCAUCUGGUUAGUGAUCCCAACCCUAGGGCGAAGUUAAUGCUGUAGGGUUGGGAGCGACUCCAAGGCAAAGGGGUUUGGGGAUAGCAACCAGAAAAAGGGCUCGGUGUAUGCUGUGUCCUUCUGCUUUAUUGGGGUUAAGGGUGGCUGUUAUGGAGGAGAACCAAUAGUAAGCCAGAGAAUUUGGCUCUGUACAUACAACUUCUCUUACAAAAGGAGCUUUCAUCACCAGAACAAGUUCCCUGUGCCAGUGAGGUUCAUGGUGCCUCGUGCAUCUUUAUGAAUUCCUGUGACAGCCUCAUGGUUUCAUUGAAGUAUUUGUUUUCAAGGGAACCAGGUGUUAACUAUUUUCAAUAAAAGAAAAUUUGCUCAGGUGAUUAAACUUUGACUCUUAUUUCCCCAGGGACAGGGGGUGGGUGGAUUUCAGAGCUAGUUGCCUUCUGGUAUUCGCUAGCAGUAGUUAUAUGUGUAAUGGUAGGGUGGGGGUCAAAAGAGAGAGACUAAUGUAUUCAACUAAUGUUUAUUGAGCUCUUACUGUGUGCAAACCAUCUACUUUAGAAGAACUUCUGUUCGAUUUGGGAACAAACAGAAUGUAUUGUUAUAUAUAAAUUAUAUAAGCUUAGUUGGCUUCCUUUCUCAUGAAAAAAAAUUCCUUCAAUGUUCUGCUGAUUAAUUUUGAAGAAACCUGAUAGGUUUGUGGUCGUUACUAAACUAUAGUAGGAAAUUGUAUAUUUGGAAUAUUUGGAACCUGCUCUGUUUUAGCACAAAAGGUAAUGUAUACAGUUUAUGAUCUAAGACAUGGUGUGAUAUAAAUAUGCUUAAAAAAGUAAAUGAAUCUUGGGACCCCUGGGUGGCUCAGUAAGUUAAGCAUCUGACUCUUGAUUUUGGCUCAGGUCAUGAUUCCAGCGUCUUGAGAUCAAGCCCUGCGUUGGACUCUUCAUUGAGCAUGGAGUCUAUUUGGGAUUUUCACUCUCUCUCUCUCUCUAAUAAUAAUAAUAAUAAUAAUAAUAAUAAUAAUAAUAAAUAAUUGACCACAAAAAUCACAGUGUUAGAAAAUCUUUUAUAUAAUACAAAUAUAUUGCACAAGUUUAUUGAUGAAUGUACUGUGAUUCUGUCAUUUUGGGUUGGUCAAAGACCUGUCAGUUGACCCCCAAGUUAAAAACAUACACAUACAUACAUUUUAUAACACUAAAUAAUCAAAUAACACAAGACAUUUUACUUACACAUUUUUACACUCAAAAACGUUUGUCCUGGAUACUCACUUUCUUAAAUUGAUAAAUACUAUAUAGGCUAUGUUAAUAAUCUAAAAUUUGUGUUCACUGGGAAAUCCUUAUUGAAUUGUUGAUGGGUUGUAGCAAAAUAAUUUAUAAGGAUUUGUUGUAACAUUAUUGUAGAAAUGACAGAAGAAGUGAAGCAACAACUUUUUAAAACUUUACCCAUUUCUGGGGAGCAUAGGUGGCUCAGUUGGUUAAGCAUUUGACUCUUGAUUUCGGCUCAGGUCAUGAUCCCACAGUCAUAAGAUUGAGCCCUGCCUGGGGCUCUGUGCUGAGAGCACAGCUUGAA